UCGAGUUUUGUCUGAGUCAACUAUAAACUCAACACACACGUGUACUGCGGCGCCCGGCUCAUUCAUAAAUACACCGCGUUUAUCACACGGCGUACAACGAUGAUGGAGGAGCUCCCCAUCCAGCCCUCCGGUCUCUUCUGGCAAGACGACUUCAUCACCGCCGAGCACGAGGCGAGGCUGGUCCACAUCUUCCGGCACGAGCUCGCGUGGCCGGACCGCUCCGGCCGGCUGUCCCUGCACUACGGAUACACGUUCGACUACAAGACCUUCGGGGUGGACCCGGACAUCCCGUUCGCCCCGUUCCCGGACUGGCUGCAGCCUCUCAUCCCCACGACCGAGGGCAGGCCGCCCGACCAGGUCUGCUUGCAGCACUACCCGCCCGGCGCCGGUAUACCGCCGCACGUCGACACGCACUCGGCGUACGACCAGCUGUACGCGCUGUCCCUGGGGUCGCCCGUCAUGAUGCAGUUCGCGCGGCCGGCGUCCGGCGACGGCGACGGCCGCGCCGGGGAAAUGGUUGAAGUCGACCUCGCGCCGAGGAGCAUGAUGCAGAUGUCGGGCGACUCGAGGCUGCACUGGAAGCACGGCAUCAGGAAGCGCAAGACGGAUACCCUGGCCGACGGCACGGUGCGGAAGAGGGGCGACCGAUGGAGCAUCACGUAUCGAUGGAUCAGGGAGCCGGCCAUCUGCGAGUGUGGAGACGCCCAGUUGUGCGAUACGGCGCAGACGAGGUUGGGCAUCGAGAAGGAGUACCGGUGGAAGAAGGGUGACGAGGACGGCGCUGCUGAUGGAGCGAACCCGGCAGCCGAGGAGACAAAGCCAUGACGUUGCCAAUGAUUUUCCCUUUCCCUCGCUUCCAUCCUGAUUUGAUUAUUGGGGGGGGGGGAGGAGAACACGAAGGUGCCUAUAUGUCAGGCCCGGCCAAGCAGACACCACAACUUUGGCUUACCUUCCACAAGGAUUGAUCAUGGACGCUUCAUGUCUUAAAUCAUGGAGCUAAGUGGGAUUCCGAUCCUAAAAGCAUUGGGUUGUCAAAGUCUCUAAGUCAGCACUACUACCCUUGACGGCGUUUGCCAUGCCAAAAAGCGGACUCACGAGUCCGUGAUAAUGUUCCGAUUGUAAUUACAACUGCGACUCUGGCUGAAUGACAUGUUAGUCCUUAAUUU